AUGCCCGGUGGCCUCGGAGCAUCCACCUCUCUGGUGGACAGUAAAAGCUGUUAUAUCACCCUCACGACCAUCGGCUACGGUGACAAGACCCCGCAGACGUGGACGGGACGGCUGUUAUCAGCCGGUUUUGCUCUGCUGGGAAUCUCCUUCUUCGCUCUGCCAGCUGGCAUCCUUGGGUCAGGUUUUGCCCUGAAGGUGCAGGAGCAGCAUCGACAGAAACACUUUGAAAAGAGGAGGAACCCAGCAGCCAGCCUUAUCCAGUGUGUCUGGCGUAGUUAUGCUGCUGAUGAGAACUCGGUUUCCAUUGCUACCUGGAAGCCUCAUUUGAAGGCGUUGCAUACCUGCAGCCCCGCCAAGAAAGAGCAGGGCGAGACCACGUACAGUCAGAAGUUGAGUUUUAAGGAGCGGGUCCGGAUGGCGAGUCCUCGUGGACAGAGCAUGAAGAGCAGACAGGCCUCCAUCAACGACCGCCCACGCUGUUCCCCUGGCAACGAGGUGGUGGGUGGCGGCGCCGAGCUGAUGGGAGGGAGUCCGGCUAAAGUGCAGAAGAGCUGGAGCUUCAACGACCGGACCCGCUUCAGGCCGUCGCUGAGGCUGAAGAGCCAGACUCGCACCGCGGUCCCAGAUG